CAUUUUUUUGAUAAGAAAUUCGUGUACUCGUAUUUCUCUCUCUUUCUCUGUAAAAUAAGGUUUCCGUUAAUUAAAUUGUCCUUCUCAUGGUGUCAGUACAUUUUAACGCUACAAAAUGUCUUCAGAUAUAUAUUACGAUCCAGAAAUUUUCACCAAAUCUUACGAGGCGGCUCUCAAAUACAGCGAGCAAACUCUCAACAAAAUUCGAAGUUUUAAAAAAGAGCUAGAAGAUGUAAAGCUGAAUUUGGAGGAGAAUCAAAAUCAUCUGUUUCAAAAUAUCAUGGUACCCAUAGGAAGUAAAGCUCUGAUGAGAGGGCAACUCGUUCAUACCAAUGAAGUUACCAUAAACGUCGGAGAUCGAUGGUUUAUCAAGAAAUCAGCUGCUGGUGCAAUUCAGACUUGUAAUCGUAUGAUAGAAAGAUGUAAUCAAAAUAUAGCCGAAUACGAAAAAGAAAUGCAUUUACUGAGUUCAAAUCUAGAUGUACCUAAAGAUUACGAAAUUUUCGCUAGUGGAGAUGUUCAAGAUAUAGUAGAACCUUAUGACGAAGAUGAAGAAAAACGUUGGCGUGAACAACAUCGUGAAAAGGUUCGCCAAUACCGUCAGCAGUUAGUAUUGAGUAGAGAAAGUGAAGAAGAUCUGUUCAAAAGACUCGAAAAAUUAGAAGAAAAGGAAGAAGAAGAAGCUGAAGAGGAGAAUGAGAAUAAUGAUAACAGCGAUGAUGAUGAUGAUGAUGAUGAUGAUGAUGACGAUGACUCUAGCUACGAUGAUGAAGAUAUGGAUGAAGCAGAGUACAACGAGUUAAUCGAAGAAUCAAUAAGACUGAAUGAAAAAAUGGCUGAACCUUCUACCUCGUCAACGGUUCCAGAAUCCGAAGAUUCCGUUAUACCUCAUAAGGCAUUAUCGAAACGAGUCUCGUUUUCAGAAUCUUUAGAAACCACUCAAGAAUUUUCGACAUCUACAGUCGAUGAUAUCAUUGUGAUUCAUUUUAAACAUAGUCAAAAUCCGGUGAAAUGUGAUCCAGUUGCUAGUAUAGAUGGAACGAUAAACUCGCCUUCAGAUAUUUAUAAAAAAUAUCUCAACGAUUUCGAAAAUAUUACACGCAAAUCGAUAUUGAAGAAAAAGCUAUCUUCUGAUGGAGUAUCUGAAUCCAGUGGUCGAUCUGUAAACAAUGUGAUAUUUCCUGAAGCUAAUGAUUUGAUUCGUGAUAAACCCGAAAAAGUACAAAAAUCCAUAAUAAAAAUACAAAAGAAUCCUGCUGCGAAAAAUAAGUCCGUAUUUCUAGAUGAAAAGUCAACGGAUGAGGUAUUUGGUGAUAUCGUUGAAAAAACACCGAUCGUUGUGCCUAAAGUUGAAAACAAUCCGAGACCAGUGAGUAGAUUCAAACAAUCAAGAAUCAAAACCUCUUCUACCUCGUGAAACUUUCAAAAUCUGUACUAUUUUGAUAGAAUCAUUUAUUGCAUUCAUUGCAAUCUUCAUUAAUUCAAUUUUAAAAAUUGUGAUAUAUUUUUAAAUUAAACCGAGUGAGCAUUUUUCAAAGUUA